GUUUAAACUCUCUCACAUAUGAUUGCUUAUUUGUUGCCCUUGUUCGACUCCAAGCAUGAAGUUCGUUAUUUUCUUCGGUCUUAUUAGUAUCCUGACGCUCUAUUGCCUGGACACAGCCAAUGGGGCAACAACCAGCAACGCCACAUCAUCUUCGGGUUCGGGUGGUAGUGUCAAAAAAGUCUAUGUCUCCAAUUUGCAAUACACAGCCGUAAGGAAAAUAAGAGUAAGCUCAACUACCACAGCCUCAACGAGCAGUCGGAGUGGCCGCAGUCGCAGUGCAAAACUGAAACGCAACAAGAGCCUUAAAGCUCGUCGGAACGCUAGAUCCACGAGAUCAGCCAGUAAGUCGGUCAAUGUCCGUAAUGCCCGCAAUGCAAGAGGCUAGGGUAUAAAUUGUUGAAAAAAUAAAGUUUUUGUUAU